UUAGGGCACUCAUUGAAAUUGCUGAUGGCCCAUUUGUUUAAGAAAAUUCUGCUUGUCUAUCAAGGCUACCUAGAAGGAAACUUUUAUUCGAUCUGCAACUGUUUAGAUUUCCAAAUGCUAAGAACACUGUCCAACAGUUUUACCUAUCAAGAAACCAUGCCUGUGGAUUAUGCAACGUAUCUUCUGUCUACAAGCCCACCAGCUUCUAUGCUGGAGCAGAUAUUAUCGAGCCACUGUGACAAGUUACCUGCACAUGACUCAAAUAGAAAUGUGUUUUCGUUCUCGGAAACAGCAGCUGAAGUCAAACUAAUGGAGAAUGAAACUGAAAAGAAACCACCUAAGUCAAUAAUUCAGCGCUGUAACAGCUACGAAGAAGAAGAUGUCGAAUCUUCUUCAGGAUGUUCAUCUGGACGCGAGUCACCCACCCCUCCGUCUCCAAAGGGGAAAAAAAGAGUUUCGUUUGCAGACAAUCGAGGGUUUGCUCUCGCAACUGUUAAAAUCAUGACAGAACCUUCAGAUGUACCCCCAAGACUUAAACCCGAAAUUCUGGAGUCCAUAACACAGGGGGCUACAGCUGGGGUCUGUUCCGGACCUCCUCUUGUCCUCGAUUUCAAACAACCAGCCUCAGACUACCUCUCCUUCAGAGACAAAUUGGAGAAAUAUUGUGUUUCGUUGGAAAAUGUCAUCAUUCGAGACUAUACAGUCCUUGGAACCGUUAAAGUUAAAAAUUUAUCUUUUGAAAAGAAAGUGUUUUUGAGAUGUACUUUUGAUUCUUGGGAGACACACAUGGAUGUGGAUUCUAAGUACGUGCCAUAUUCUGAUACUAACACUGUGUUCGAUACAUUUUCUUUCGAAUUUGAAGUGCCUACAAACUUCGACCAGCAGAAGAAGAUGGAAUUUGCCGUUUGCUACGAAGCAGAUGGAAAGCAGUAUUGGGAUAACAAUGAAGGGAAAAAUUACAAAAUUUUUUCAGCAGAUGCCAAACCUUCUGAAGAGGAGGUCAAACCUUUGAAGCCAAUAGAUGAUAUCUCCAAACUUAGAAAUGUGGAGUGGACUCAGUUUGCUCCGUGGAACAAAGUGGACACAACGCUUCCGUAUUGGUAGCAUCUACUGGUAACCCUCAUGAUUAUUCCCAUUGCUGUGGUGGUUAUAAUCCCACAAGUAUAAGAAGAACCAGGGACUGAUGACAUGUCCAAAGAAUUCUGAUGAAGUUCCUCUUUAACAGAGGUUUAGUCAGUUAUGUCAAUCUAGAAAACUAGGGGUGUCAUCAUGAAAUGGACACCAAACUCAUCAAUCAGACAUCAGUGACUGUCUAACCAAGGUUGUGCUGGCUGUGAUGUGAUAGACGCCCAUGUCAGAGUGUAACGCUGGCAUGAGAUUGUACAUUAUGUGUACAAACAUAGAAAUCAUGUAUAUAUACAUUCAUUUGUAAAUAUGCGCAGACAAGAUGCAUUUUGUAAUAUAUACUUCCUGUGUCACUCGAGUGUUUUCUCAUCAGUUUGAAAUCAGGUUCAUUCAGUUGUUGAGGAAUGUUGUUAAUUACUAUAGUAAUAUAAUUACUGAAUACUGGUGUACAGUCUAAUUUUCUGUUUAUGUUUUGUUUAAGAUCUCUUCAUAUUAUUGACUUCAAUAUGUAAUUAUUAGAAGAAGCUUGAUAGAUUUAAGUGGAUGGAAUUGGAAUGCAGUGUUUUCCCUAAGAAUCGGCUAACGGCCAAAUUGACUGCUUCGAUUGAUGAAAAUGCCACCUAGAAAUCAAAAUUUGUUGUAAGGUUAACAAAGUUCUGUUCA